AUGGGAAUCAUUGGAUUUCGACGUCUUAUGCAGUCACGAUGGGGAAAUAUUCUCAAGGAAGGGCACGAGGCGAUCUGGCAAGACAUGGAUCAACCGCUUCCGCAUUAUUUCUGCAAUUCAAGUCACAACACCUAUCUGUCCGGUUUGCAGAUGAAAGGCGAGGCUACGAUUGAGGGAUAUAUCUACGCUCUGAAGAGAGGAGCGCGACUGCUCGAACUAGAUUUGUUCGACGGUGACCAUGGAGAGCCUGUCAUCACUCACAAACGGACUCUCAUUGAACCAAUUACUCUACGAAAUGCGCUUGAAGCCAUCAAGCGUUGUGCAUUUGAAACCACUCCAUAUCCAGUGAUUCUGACUGUUGAGAAUCAUGUUGGUCUAGUGCAACAAAGGGUCAUGGUGGACGUCUUCCAAGAGGUUUGCUUUCAACGUUUAAUGCAGUUUGUGUAA